AUGCUGAGCAUUACAAGUACAAGAGAAUUAUUUUUACAACUGUUUUCAGAGUACAAAGUAUCUUCUUUUUAUGUGAUUGUAGCCCCAAGAAGUAUUUCUACCAAUAGAGUGCGAGCUGCAUUCUCAAGUCUAUCCAUAAGACAUUUUUUAUAUACGCUUAUUAGCCGAGUACAAAAGAUAUUACUUAAUGACAGAAACGUUGUAAAAGAACUCUUUGUUUUCCGUUUUUUUAUUAAAUUAAUAAUCUCAUGUAUUAUUACCUUAUCUAAAAUGAGCACAUUACUCUCAAACUUUAUUGAUAUAUGUGUACUUCUUGCUGUUUCUAAAGUAUUAUCUUUCCGAUACUAUUUGCUUCCUGCGCAAGUGUCCAGACGAGUUGGUUGUGAUUAUGUGCGAUGCGGUGUGGAAACCGUUGAUCUAGAAAACAUCCGUUGGCUCGGAAUGGUUGUCGACUCUCUGGGCGUUUCGUUCCUAGGCAAGCUUACGUUUCUUUAUUCUGGACCUACAAGAGAGAAUGCACGAAUAAUCUCUUGUACUGUGCUUUACGGUCUUUAUUGGCGUAUCUCACUGGCAGUUUCCUGCGCAAGUGUCCAGACGAGUUGGUUGUGUAUAUGCGCAAUGUGGUGCGGAAAGUAUUAUUCUGAGAACAUCUGCUUUAAACCUCUCAGCUAUUGCAAAAUGAUUAAGAAUAUUAGAUAUGUUAUAGUGUGGAAAAUAUUAAUAUUUUCUAGCUUAUAA